AUGCUUCCAAGCGUUGUGCUUCUAAUUCUCGUAUACCUCCGUCAUCUCGUCUCCGCGUCGCCUGUCAUCACCGGCAAGGAGGAAUUGUCGGACCUGCUAGACUCCUCCUACGGUUUCAACGAUGCCAGUGUCGUUUCUGCGUUUGUUGGCGAGUUGAAAGCCUUGAGCAACCAAAAUAUCACCAAGUGUGAGAAGUGUAUCACUAGACUGGCCAUUGGAAAGUCGCUUUCAUUGCUCAGACCAGACUUGGUUCCCCAGGUUUUCACCCAGUGGUGCCAAGAAACUGCAUACUGGUCCAACACCACCUGUACGUCCACUUUUGGUAGAAACACCGUCUCCAACAGUAACACUGGUACCAAUUUUGCCGACAUGUUGUCCUUGAUGGACCCAUUCGGUUACGAUGGCCAAUUGUACUGUUAUUACAAAGAGUCCGCACAAUGCGCCAAGCCUGCUACUCCAAACGUGACUUUGUCCCACAUGUGGCCCGAAAAGCAGGAAAAGCACUACGUUGCACCUGAGCCAAGCGCCAAUGACACCAUUAACGUCUUGCACAUUUCUGAUUUCCACAUUGAAUUAGACUACACUGUUGGUGCCGAAGCCAACUGUUCCACGAGUAUGUGCUGCACGCCACACUCCGUGAACGCCAAGACUCACUCCGGCCAAAGUAACGUCACCUGGAACUCUUUCUACAACUCUACCUACGAGAACACCACUCUUGUGAAGGGUUCCUACAUCGACGUCUUUUCCAACAGUUCCAUUUGGGUGCCAGCCACUACUUUCGGUUACUACGAGUGUGAUGCUCCAGAAAUUUUGAUCAACUCCUCUUUGAACUCCAUUGUCCAAUACAGUCAAGAAAACGAAUUGGACUUUGAGUUUGCCAUCUUCACAGGUGAUCUUGUCGACCACGAUGAGAUUAAGUACACUGGCUACCAAAUGACCGUCGAGUCUGAAGAAGUUAUUUUCCAGGACAUGAAGGACAAAUUGGGAUCUUUGCCAGUGUACUCUGUUCUAGGUAACCACGAUACUUUCCCCUACGGUGAAUUAGGCCAAGAAAAUCACGGUUUCACCAAUUAUUUUGCUUGGAACGCCGAGUUAAUGGCUGACAUGUGGGAAGAUUUCGGAUGGUUGGAUGCUGACGCUUCCCAAUAUGCUCGUAAGCACUACACUGGUUUCUCUGUGGAGACCAAAUUGGGUUUGAAAAUCAUUUCCUUGAACUCCAACGUGUGGUACAAGAAGAACCACUACGCUUACUGGAAUGCGUCUCAACCAGACACUUUUGGCCAAUUUGAAUUUUUGAUUGACGAGUUGGUCGAAUCGGAGGCCAAGGACCAAAGAGUCUGGGUCAUUGCUCACAUUCCAUUUGCUAGUGACUCUUUGCCAAUUCCAUCCAAGCUAUUCGCCGAAGUUGUCGAAAGAUUCUCCCCAUACACUAUCGCUGGUAUCUUCUUCGGCCACACUCACUUGGAUCAAUUCGAAAUUCUAUACGCUGGUUCCGGUGAUGACUCCAAGACUAUUGAGAAUGUCAUUAACGUUGCAUGGGUAGCUCCUGCAGUUACCCCUUGGGUUGAAAACAAUCCUUCUUGGAGAUACUACUCCGUGGACAGAAAGACCUUCUCUGUCAUGGACGCGUACAACUUCUUCACUCCAUUAAACGAGACCUUCAACAACAACGGUGAAGAACCUGUCUGGUCUUUCGAGUAUUCCGCCAGAGACGGUUACAACAUUUCAUGGCCAGAAACCUCUCCAUUGAACGGUACCUACUGGCAUCAAAUCGCUUCUGGAGUCAACCAAUCUCUAGAGGUUAAUCAACUCUACGAAAACUACGCCAAGAGAUUCUCACCAUACGUGCCAGACUGCGCCAACUCAGACGACUGUGAGACCGAUUACUGUUUCUUGACGUCCUUCACUGUUGACGAUUACGACAACUGUGUCAAGAACAUAGCUUGA